GAUAAAUUAAGACAAACUUUUUAUUUUUCUUUCUCUUGAGUCUACGACUCUCUCGCUCGCUCGCCCUCUCUCUCUCUAUUUCUUUAAUGGCGAGAGAAGAAUCAAAACUCAUUUGAAAUCAAGGUAUAGCAAUAGCAGCAGAAUAGCUUUGCCUAUUCACGGCGCGAAUCUCGAGAGGACUUCAUUGGACUCUCUUCUUAUUUUCUCAGUUGCAGAUUUUUUGACAACGGAACAUAAUUUUUGCUUGCAUGAAAAUUUGAGAAACAAGGACUCUGCUUGACAACUUGGAGACUUAAGUUAAAAAUGUCAUCUGUAAGCAAGGCUGAUCGGAAAACAGCUCUGGAUGUGGCCUCAUGGUCUUUCAAUAUUGUCACAUCUGUGGGUAUAAUCAUGGUCAAUAAAGCCUUGAUGGCUACGUACGGCUUCAGUUUUGCUACAACAUUAACAGGUUUGCAUUUUGCCACUACAACCCUGUUAACUGUUCUUCUUAGAUGGCUGGGUUAUAUUCAGGACUCUCAUAUACCAUUACCCGAUCUUCUCAAGUUUGUUUUGUUUGCAAACUUCUCUAUUGUUGGAAUGAAUGUGAGUUUGAUGUGGAAUUCUGUGGGCUUCUACCAGAUAGCAAAGCUGAGCAUGAUUCCAGUAUCUUGCUUUCUGGAAGUUGUUUUUGACAAGGUUCGCUACUCAAGGGAUACAAAACUUAGCAUUUUACUAGUUCUCCUUGGAGUUGCUGUCUGCACUGUUACUGAUGUGAGUGUCAACGUCAAGGGUUUUUUAGCUGCUGUAAUUGCAGUCUGGAGCACAGCCCUGCAACAAUAUUAUGUGCAUUUUCUUCAACGCAAGCAUUCUUUAGGAUCUUUUGACUUAUUGGGACAUACUGCUCCGGUACAAGCUGCAAGCCUUCUGUUAGCUGGUCCUUUUGUGGACUAUUGGUUAACAGAGAAAAAGGUCUAUGCCUAUAACUACACUACGAUAUCAAUGUUCUUCAUAAUCCUAUCAUGCACCAUUGCCGUUGGUACAAACCUCAGCCAGUUCAUCUGCAUCGGCCGGUUUACUGCCGUAUCAUUCCAAGUGCUUGGCCAUAUGAAGACUAUUCUUGUCCUGAUUUUAGGAUUCCUUUUCUUCGGCAAAGAAGGUCUUAAUCUACAUGUAAUCCUGGGUAUGGUCAUUGCAGUUGCAGGAAUGAUCUGGUAUGGUAAUGCCUCCUCCAAGCCCGGAGGAAAGGAGCGUUGGACUUAUUCAGCUCCAAGCGACAAAUCACAAAAACCAGACAAUUUAUUCGGUUCUACUGAAACAGACGAGAAGGUUUAAAGAUUCGAUUACAGGUUUAACAGUUAAAAAGGGUAAAGAUAAAAGAGACGAAAACUGAGCCAUUUACACAGAGGAUCGGAAUUAUUACAACUUUUCGUUCCUUUUUUAUUUCUUUCUUUUGUUGCACUCAUAAUGGUUAAUCAUUUUCAUGUUCCUUUAAUUUAUAAUCCAAGGUGAAAAUUAUGCUGUUGAUAGAGGAAGCAAAUUCCCUGUAAAUCCAGCGUCGUUUUCCUCUAAUAAUAUUUGCUUAUAGUAAUUUAUUUA